AUGCCUUCAGCAUUAGACACACCGGUGCUACAGGUGGAUGCCAAUGUCAUCCACAAGGUAGACACAUCCAACCCGCAAAACCUCUUCAGCAUGUGGACUGACUCGGUGGCUCAAGGCCGCCGACUUGAGAACCUCAGCUGGCGACUGUGGACGAGAGAAACAUUCUGUGUCGAAGACACCACACACUCGCCCAUCAGCAUUCCGUCUGAUUCUUUCAUGACAUCCGCAGAUAUGUCACCUAAGCCGACUGCUAUUCCUCAGCGCGACCAUUCCACAGCAGAAGAUGUACCGCAACUUUCUGGCAGCGUGGAGUCUGUCGCCGAUGAUGAGACUGAGGAGCUGUCCGGCGAGCCUGGUGCCGUCGAGAUCAUGCGUCCCAGGAUACGGCGACAGGAUUCUUGUGGAAGCAGCCGCAGCCGUGGUCGCGAGAGGCAUAUCACAUCUGACGACUUGGAGAAGAUGGUCGUCUCAAUUAUAUCACAACACGAUGAAGCCGUUGAAGAGGAUGCAAUCCCAGAGCCUACAUCUUCGCCGGCUGCGAAGCUGGUCCCGUCGAAGAAGGCUACAUUUGCCCUCGGUGGCUCGUCUUCUUGUGAGGACUCAAUGAGUGAUCCAUCCCGGAGCUUGGAAAUGCAUCAAUCUGCUAUGUCCCAUAUGAUCAAGAGGAAAUCAGCCGCCUCUGUUCAUAGCAUUGCUGGCCCUUCUUCCGCUGCGAAGAUUGCACAUCCGGAGGAGGAAGGGUCUCUGAAGAGUGCGAUGCUCUCAGCUCGCAACCUCAACGCACAGAAGAAGCAGACAUCGUUUAGCAACCAAGUGAUGACGCGAACAAUCCCACCUGCCCCCGUCUUCGAGGAUGAUUCGGAGUCGGAUGACAUUGACGAAAGCGCUAUCGAUGACGACGAUGACGAUUCGUCGGACUGGGAGGACUCGAACGAGGAAAGCGGCCGGUCCAGCAUUGACGAGAAGAACAUGUUCCAGCGUGUCGACUCGAAGGUUCACCUACCGUCUCGCAGGUCGCUCAUAACUCUCAUGAUCCAGAAGAGCGAGCGUGAGCUGAAGAAUGGGCUGAUGACGUCGCAAUCUACGAUGGCUCUCUCCCGCCCACGUGUUGCCCGCCAGCCGCCUUCUCUGGUCGCUUCCCCGAACGAUUCCGACGACGCUGCCCUAAUGAUGCGCCCUCGGGGACGUCCUCAGUCGAAUCUUCGGCCCAUCAACGAGAUUCCGCGCAGCGCAGCACAGCCCAUCAUGACGUCGGCAGCAGCAGGUGGUCAGUACCAGGCUGCCUAUUCGCCACGCACGAACCGGCGCAACAUGCUUUCCACAGAGCUCACGGAGUCGCUUCGUAGACAUCUCCUCUGGGAACGGUCACAAAAGACAUCUACUGCCAAUGCGGUGCUCAAAAGACGCCAUACCUCGCAGGAUGUGGCCAACCUGAAGCAGUACCCGGAGACACCCCACAUGGUCAAAGAGAACGACGCUGGUGCUUCGAGCUGGGAUCAGUACCUUAACCGGGACGCUUUCAACGGAUACCAUGCAAAGGGCUGGUAA